AUGGGAAUCAAAGUUCGUAAACCUUUCUGCCUCAGCUUUAACGGAGUACCUACAUCUCUGAAGAUUCUUUGUGAUAAUGUUUCUGGUGCUUUUGUGCUUUCCGAGUCUCUUAAUAGAUUAAUCAGCCUGAUAUGGACCAAAGUGGGUGAAACGCUCCUCAACAUAAUGAUCCGGUUUUAUGAUCCUCUCCUUCAUUACUUUACUUAUAGGGACUUUCAGUUGGUUCCCACAUUAGAGGAAUUUUCAUCUAUACUAGGAUUACCUGUGCUUGAUCAGAUGUCCUACACUGGUGAAGAAGAGAUUCCUAAGUUGGAAGAUGUUGCUGCUGCAUUGCAUUUGCCUCGAUCAGAAAUUAAAAAGGAUUGGGUGAACAAAGGAGACUACACUGGUUUGCCUAUUGACUUCUUGUAUAGUCAAGCUGAAAUCUUGAUUAAUGCUGCAAGUAUGGAUGCUCUUGAAAAAGUCCUCGCUCUCCUGAUCUAUGGGCAAGUCUUAUUUCCUCGUUACGACAAAAUUGUAGAUGUGAUUGCCACUAAGAUCUUCAUCAUCAAUAAUCCCGUUCCUACCUUAUUAGGUGACUUGUUGCAUUCCAUCCAUCAUCGAUCAACUAAAGGAAAAGGUUGCGUUCUUGGAUGUGCACCUCUUCUACAUAAGUGGUUUAUUUCUCACUUACCCCGUUCCGUAAUAAAGAAUGAAGAACGUGAGACUUGGGUUCAAAGAAUCAUGAGGAUUUCGUACGAUGAUAUCAUUUGGAACCAAAAAGAGUUUGGAGGAACCCAUUUGUUUGAUAGCUGUGGAGAUUUCCCAAAUGUACCUCUUCUUGGUACCCGAGGAGGAAUAACUUAUAAUCCCAUAUUAGCCCGACAAAAGUUUGGUUUCGCUUUGAAAGACAAGCCUCGCUCCAUAUACCUUAGCGCGAAAAAUUUUGAUUAUGAUUCAGAUACAACCGGAAAGAAGAAGUUGUUUAUUAGAGCUUGGUCCAAGGUAAAGUGGAUUUAUGAUCGAGUUGUUGAGUAUUGUAUGCCAUAUCCAUCUGAUAUCCCUGUUGUGCCAAGGGUUACCCCUCCGGUCAUUCCAGUGGUUUUGGAGCCUUAUGUUCCCGCUCCAAAUGAAGACCUUGCUGCUAUCGUUGCUUCUUUAAGAAGAGAAAAGGAUGAUCUUGAAAAGCGCUUACGUGAGGUUGAGGCUGAAAAAGUAGUGUUAGUGGCCGAUGCCAAAGAGCGAGAUGGUAUGCUUGACCAUUUCUCCCGUAAAUGGAAGAUUGAGGAUUUUGUCUCUCCAAAACAGAUAUAA